UCCACCGGUGAUCGCGACCGAAGAGAAUCGUUUUAUAAACAGUAUAAAUAAUAGUGGUUUGAGCAACGCUAACAGUCGGUCCCGCGCAGCCGAGCCGCAAUCAUCCGCUGGCACGUGUUUACUAACACCACCGAGUUAUGAUACUAUGAACAUUUUCUCAUUUCAAAAUGGCGCCGUUUUUCUUGGCUCUUGUUUUUAUCGUGUCCACUUGUGAGUCGCUCAGCAUAGGCACUGUUAAACAAAAUGUGACCAAACGUGAAACUGACACUAAAAACGUUUAUCCGGAUUGGGUGCCGUUCAAAAGCGACAAGGGUGAGUUGUUGGAGGAGUUAGUGAAUGUUGCCAAAUCCAAGCCGAAGAAGAGGUUAGCGCAUCCGAAGAAUUUCUUGUUGAAAGCUGUUUCUGAACAAGUUGAUGAUUACUUUGAUAAAGGCGGUAGUGACAACGAUGAUUAUUAUGAAAAAAAAGACUGGUCAGACGUACACAGGGAUGCUAAGGCAGUUGAUCCCAAUAAGCCCGUGAUCUCAAAUGUUUCAGAUAUAGAAGGCAUAGUAAAUAUUAUAACAAAACCUAAAGAUGAUCCGAUUUUGAGAGUACUGAAAGCGCGAAGCAAAAAAGCUAAAGAAGAAGUGAAACCACAAGAGAAAGUUAAACGACAAAACGAAGAAGAAGAAAAAUCAACUGAAAAUACUUCUAAGGAGGAAAAAGAGGAAGAAUCUAAGGAAAUCAAAGAAAACAAAAAAGAAGCUAAGAAAGCCGAAGACGAAUAUGAAGACGAAAGUGCAGAGAAGAAGAAAUCAGACAAGGAAAAGGAAGAAGAACAAAAAGAAAGUGAGGCCAAGAAAAAGAAACUUCUCGAAAGUGUAGAUGCGUUGAAAGAACGACACGCUGUCGAACAACGGACCAUAUCUGAAAAGUUAAAAGAAGAUGAAAUUUACAAAGACGAACUUGAGAGAGAUAGAAUCAAACCUGGAGAAAACUCCGAUAAAUAUGCACAAAGUGGUACCACGUGGAAAAAGAUGAGCGAGUAUGAAGAGUACGACGACCGAAAUGUCGUCAAGGACAAAUAUAAACUCAAUCCUUUAAAACCAGAAAGAGAUUCCACAACAACGACAACAAACUUGCCAAAGACAGAGAAACGUAAACCUAAGAAAACUAGUAAAACUGUAGCAAGCGGUAAACUAUCUGUGUUUAGAAACCCUCAAUUGUACAUGAUAAACGACGAAGAAGACACAACGACAACAACUCAAUCUACAACCAAAAUAAGAAAGCCUCAGAAAUUUUCCUCGCGUUAUUCUGAUUCAUCAACACCGGAAGAAGAUACUGUAAGGAUAUCACUGGUGCCAGAAAACAACGAUUCCAAGGAAGAAGAACCGACGCUCUUCUUCCCGAAAGUAAAGAAAAACAAGCGUAAAUUUAAGAACAAACAAACGACUCCUAUCCCUGACUCCACAGCGGACUCUAGCGUGGAAAAAAGAAAGCCAUCAGAUACCACUGCAUCUGACACAAUUGGACCAGACACGACAGUUGGAAACAUAAGUACGAGCACAGGAGCAGCAGAUAUCACCGCUCCAUCAGCAUCUGACGCCGAUUCCUCAGCAUCUAACACUGCCCUGACAGCGUCGCAGACAGCACCGACUGCAGUCGCUGCUCCUCUAGCUGUAGACUCCGUACAAGCUGGAACACACAAGAAGGAGCAGAAGAAGAAUGAAGAUUUCGAUAGAGAAACAGGCGGCGGGAAGCAUCACAAAUCCGAACACGACGAAAUACACGACGAACACGGCAAGAAGGCAUACGAGGGCGUCCACAAAGACACAAAGUCCAACAAGGGCCACCACGACAAGGCCAACCACCUAGACAAGUACAACGACCACGGCGGCAUUGAAAAGAGCCACCUCGACGAGCACGACCACUACGGCUCCCAUCACCAUGAGGAGCAUGGAAAGAAACACGCCAAGUACGAAGAAUCAGGGAAACACUCAAAGGGACACAGUACAAAAGGCAGUCACGACAUCCACAAGAAAGAAGAAUACGAAAAGAAGGUAGAGUUCUUCGAAGAAGAGGGAGAUUCUGACGAUGAAGAAUUCGACGGAGGUCACAGCAGCAAGAAAGAACAUUCCUCGGGAGGACACUUCAAGAAGGGCCAGCAUCACUCCAGUCACGGCGGACACUCCAAGGGUGAGAAGGGAGAUUUCGCGAAGGGAGGACAUGGACACCACCUUAAGGGUCACAAAUCCUCUGGAGGCCACGACUCCCAUGGCGAGCAUGGAGACAAACACCAUGAAGACGGCGGAAAGAAGGGAGGCAGGAAGUGGGUGUACCACAAGGGGACGCCUGCUAAGACCCACAAUCUUGUCUACGUUGAGAGAAGACCUGACCGAUACAUGUACGGUCCCGUUAUCUAUGGUUAAAUAUAAUUAUUCAAUUAGUUAAUUACAAAAUUUAUUUUCACUUGACACCUAUAAAAAUAUCAUACUUUGUGGUUGUAUCUAUGAAAAAGCGCAAUAGUCACUUUUUGAGUGACGUCAUUUUGUAUUUGUGUAGUGUGUAUGAAACGAAAGAUGUGUGACAUUGGAAGGUGACUCAAAAUGACAAUUUGUGUUUAUUGAUGGACACGACACAAGAACAUUGUGUGAGUUUGAUGACGUGUCAGUUAAAAUAUUUGACACUUUACUAGUUUUGAAUUCAAAAUAACUGGAAAUCGUUUAGUAAUGAAAUAGAUAAAUGGCGCAAAUAAUGUCAAAGAAUAUUUUUACACAUUCGUUCCUAAUCAUGGUUUUGUUCAUCCAACAGACCGAAAAUCAAUCUCACAUUAAUUCCGACAAUCCUUUUAUCUGUUUCAUUAUAAUCUGUCGUUAGCUUACCCACAUUGAUAUAAAUAUGACAAUGUUGCUAAGCAUAUCGA